AUGUGUAACAAUUAUUUUACUUAUAUUAGUGUAAUGUUUCCACAAGGUUAUAAAUUUUAGUAAAUGAAAGAGACAACUGCUCUCUCUCUCUCUCUCUCUCUCUCUCUCUCUCUCUCCAGUCCCUUUCGCUAUCUAUAUUCUAAUCACUUAUUUAAUUUUUUUCUCAAUUAAUUAACCCUUAGUAACUUCAACGGAGGAUUCCCCACUUGUGAUAGGAUUGAGAUGGACUCUAAAAUAAUUCAUUUAAAUCAUGACAUCUUCACUUAGCUACUUUGUUAUGAUCUUAUUUAAAAUAAAUUGAGUAUAUCCCUUCAACCCCUAGUUGACUCAGCUACUAGUCUAUUUUCCUAUCUUAACCACCAAAAUUUAAUCCCAUCUUUUGCUUUACUCGAAAAUUUAUAAGUUUUUUAACGUAAAUUGGGGCACUGUGUCUAGCUAGCUAUAGAGCUAAGGUUUUCUUAUAUGGCUUACCACUAGAUUUUUGGCAUGCCCACUAACUCAAGUAUGCCAUCUUUUUUGGACCCUACGUUUACUCUAUGAAAAACCAAAUUACGUUAAGGGAAUCUUCAUCAUCAAAUCAUGUGAAAUUUUUUCAUAGAAAUUUUUCUUCUAUUUCACUAGUUUCUAUAGGAACACAAUCACAAGUCAAGUGAAUUUUUUGGGGUUGGAAAUAAUGCUCAAAUCAUUUAAAAUAUUCAUCACUUUGAUUAUGGUUGACUAAAACAUGAUUGUAUUAAAAUAUAAAAGAUAUAAAAUAUUGCAUUAGCACCUUAAGAAAGUGAUAAAUUGUAAUAGGUUUAAAACAUAAAACCAAGUGAGAUAAUUAAAGCACAACUUCGGUAGAAGAGUAGGUUAGGAAGUUUUAACAUCAUGUGCACUAUGAUUUUCUUACUUCUUCAGACCUUCAAGUUUUCUUCACACUAAUUGAAUAUCAGAUUGAAACAUAGGAGCCAAGAAAUUUGUCCCAAAAAUAACCAACGAAAAAGAAAUCAGAUUUAAAUUAUUUUACUUCGCAGGCUUGAACUUGAAUCCACCAUUUUUACCCGUGAAGCAUAACACUUAAAUAAUGAUUUUAAGGAAAUAUUUUAUUCCGAUAAAAUAAGAAAAUUUAUAUCUCAAAUUUCCAGUGAUCUAGGAGCUCCUUGCUUCAUCCAUUUAUAUCCUUUUGAUGAUCUUCCAGCCCUCACAGACAGACUUACACGCACAAUAAGAAAGCAUUAAUCUUCAUGGAAACAAUGGGAAAUGAAUAUGGGAACAAUUUAUUCUUUUCAUCUGAAUUUUUUGACUAGGAAUUGAUUACACAACACGCCUUCAUUCCAUUCAUGGAAAGGAAAGAAUAACUGAAGCUGUUUACCCUUUCAUUCACGUGCUUGAGAGAAAUCUGGUAACAUCUGAAGGGCCGGCACAUUAUUAUUAUGGAAGAUCAGGCUAAAGCUGCUCCUAAAACUGCCACUGGAGGAUGAAAUUUACAUCUCUGUAUGGAAUAAUUUUCCAAAUCAGGCAAUGGUUUCCUUCUCGGAACAUCACCAGAUAAACCCAAACGAUGCCCAACACUUUAAACAAGAAACAUCAAAAAUCUAAAUGAGAGGUUCUGAGAGCUCCAUCUCAUUAGAGCUCUCCUGGGUAGCAACCUGAUGGUGGACAAUAUUCAACCCCAGCCACUGCCAUGGCCAGCAGAUAUAUCUCUGCCGUAGUUGACUCCUGGAUUCCUCCACGUUCUCUGACUCGCCCAGUUGCUGGGUCAACUCCUCCAGCCUCUCCCUUAACCUGGCAGACCUCAUGUCAGCCAACCUUAAGGAUUUCUCAGCUGCGUCCCUCGCAGCAAUGGCUGCCAUGGAGGUUUCCUCUUUGAAUUUGAGCUUGCUCUCCAACUCUGAGACGGCCUGCUUUGCAUCUUCCAGUUCUUGGCGAAGGGAUGAUAGCUACAGAUUAAAUAUCCAAAAUUUAGUAAGAAACUACACUGAAAAAAAAGAAAAAAAAAAAAAGUAAAGUCGCAAGGACAUAUUAUAUAACAGUCUUAGUCGGUCAGUGAUAUGAAUUACUAGCGAAGGGCUGAAGGCAACUAGUCAAAAGAAACAGAUUCAGUGACAUAUUAACUGAAAAAAUGUGAGAAGUUGCAACCAAAUAAAUAUAAGUUCCUAAGUUAAUGACAGCAUAAAUUUGGAUGUACACGACUGCCUCAUUUCGAGUAAGAUGCAAAAUUAGAAAUUGCAUUCUUAAAACUAAAGACCGUUUUCCUAACCAAAGGAUCCAAUAAAUGGAAAUGAGAAUCCACGAAGCAGACGGGAUAUCACUAGAAAAGGAAACAGAAUAGGAACAGGAAGGAAAACUUUUGGAUCUUGACCAGAUAUAAAUAUAGGAAAAAGGAAAAUAUCUGUAUUUAGUAAAUUCAUUAAUAGAGACAUCCUCUACAAAUUCAAGGAUAUAUACUGAUGCAAGCUGAGCAUGAUUUUUUUAACAGAUUAUAUAAUUCAUCAUGCAACUAGGAUCAUUUCUCCUCCAGCUGCAAAUUAUUACGUGAGUAACAGUGGCUAUCCUUAUUUCAACAAAUAUCAUAUGGCCUUCUGAGUGUCUGUACAUUUCACAAUAUAGGAAGGCUAUACAAUAUCCUGAUUUCAACGCGAAUCUUAACUGGUAAUCCUUGGAUUAAGAACAUUACAGCUUAUUUGGCUUAGUCUACUACAACUAUCUUUCCACAUCCUCAACCAUACUCGGUUUCAACUUCAUACUUUACAAAAGGAAUAAGAAUUUUAUUUUUUUUGGGUGGCAACUACACAGGUAAUCUUUUAUAACAAUGGCUAUCUUCCUCCUUAAAUGCCCAUUUAUUAUUAUUCAUAUAUAUCGACAUAGAGACCCAUACUCCAGUCAUCCAACUUGAGAGUCUAAUUAUACAAAAACUGGAGAGUGGGGAUCCCAUGAAACAAUUAGCUAGGAAAUUUAAACCGAAACUAACUCAAUUCUCAGAAUUAGAGGCCUUUGCACAAUUCGCUACGGAUCUUAAUAAAGCUACUCAUAAACAGUCAGAAAGAGGCCAACGAUUAAUUCAAAUGCUAAAACAAUCAAAAUCUGCUUCUCUUGGGGUGGAAGAACAGGUACCUACUAUUUUACUCUUAGAAAUGGAUAGCCUGAUUAUUUGA